AAUAAUAAUAAUAAUAAAAUUGUUGGUUGUGAUAUUCUUGCAUUUGCAGGAUUUGGAGAAGAGCUUGAAAGCCACUUGCGAAGAAUUCAUCAUGUCAGUCACUAAGCUUGUUGUGGAUCCCAUGCUUUCGUUUGUAACGAAGGUGACAGCUGUGAAAGUUGCAUUAUCCUCUGGUGGACAAGAUCAGAAAUCAGACUCUGUUCUGGCCAAACCCCUAAAGAAUCAAGCUUUUGCUACUCCAGACAAGGUGGCUGAGCUUGUCCAGAAGGUUGAUGCUUCCAUUCAGCAGGAAUUGCCCAGGGUGAUGGGAAAGAUGAAGCUUUAUCUGCAAAAUCCAUCAACACGUACAAUUCUGUACAAACCUAUCAAGACAAACAUUGUGGAGGCUCACUUACAGUUACAAUCCCUACUAAAGUCUGAGUACUCUCCUGAAGAGAUACAAAGCAUUGGUACGGUGACCAUACAGGAUUUGCAGACUCGACUUGAUGGCUUUUUGUAGAGAAUGGUGAAUUCCAUGUUUUUAUCUCAGCUCUGA